CGCGCACGUACCAACAGCAACGGCUGGACCGUUGAACUUCGAAGUGGAAGAGGAAAGACUGGACCGAGAAGUUAUAGCUAACCUAGUUUACUCAGUAACAGCGGUUGCGCUGAUAAUAGUGGGAUAUCUGGAUCUUUUCUGUCUUCGGUAUCUGUAUGCACUGGAAUACGGAGCUCCUGUUUUGUUUGUGACCGUCUACUGAAAACUUUGGAACCCUCAACAAGUUUGGAGCGGCUGUGAAACACUAACUUUUAGUAGCUGUCUCGCUUGAAUAUGGAGAGUUUUUCUUCCCUACCAUGCCGGUGAUAUGCUCAGCACUUCUCUCAAGAUAGUUCACUGCUGUACCACCUCUGGAUCCUAGUCAAGCUGCAGUGAAGACAGCUGCAUUUUUCCAGUUUCCUCUGAAUCUCGAAGAGGUACAGUAAUACCAUCUUAAUUGCUAACACUUUAAAAUUAAAAUUUGUUAAUUCUCCAAUGUUAGGCUGGCCUGUAUUCUGCAUUAUAGCAAAUAAAGUAGUUAGCUGUCUAAUGAGGUGCAACGAUUAACAAAAUUAAUUUUGAUGGGGAUGAUUGUUGACCUGAUCCAACUAACAACAGAUUCAUUUAACAUUGUUCUCCUCUACGAUGAACAGAGUGAAGCUCUGUGUUGAAAUUCUAAACAAUUCAGAUACUUUACAGAAUUUUGAAUGGAUAUAGACAAAACCUAGAGACACAUCAGCUUUUUGUGUGUGCUUUAAAAAUGAUGGUGUCAUUCUAGUAGGAGCAGUGUUGCAGGGCUCCUGUAUCUCACCCUGCACACAGUCUCUGAAUUAAUGAUGGGAGUCCUACUUCAGCAGCCAAGCGCCAAACUACACACUGGUUUGCAGACAGCGUAAAGGUACCCCAGCAUGCUGUUAUUGAUAAGGGAAGGACGAUGUAGUCUGUAAAAUGACUAAUUCCCACCUGUAAGUCUGAAGAUCACAUGGUGGAUUAUGAUACUUGGAGGUAAUAUUAGCGUAUAAUUGUGGAUUUUGUUUUGCUAAUGAUGGCUGAACCAUGCACUAAUAAGAUGAAAUGUGUAGUUUGCUGUUAAGUAAAUAGACCCAUAAACGAUAGCAGCUAAUGGCUGAAGUCCAGGGAAGAAAUUCAGAGAAAAACCUUCAUGCUAAUCCUGACUGAGACUGAGAAUCAGCAUAAGCAUGAUCUUAAAUAAGGAAAUGUAGUAUAAAAAGUAAAACAGUCCUUCAGUCAUUCAUAUCCAUGUACCAAAGGGGAUGGGGAGGGGUGGACUGCUCUAAGAUUGCAUGGGCAAUGAAAAUGAAUUUUCAUAGUUGUUUAUGGCGUAUGCUUGUGGUUGUACAUCUUUCUUUUCUUUGUAUUUUAGUGCUUAGACAUCAAAUGACCUUUUAAAGGUGAUAUAUUGAAUUAGUGUAAAUGAUAGUAUGCUUGUGGCCUUGUCGCUUGGAGUUCAUGGAAAAACCUAUUGAUCACUAUCACAGCAAACUGUGUAGCAAACCGACCUCAAGGUGACAGUGUAUUCUUUGUAUUGUCUGUUUUGCUUCGCUGUAAUUUAAGGCCAGUGUAGUUUGCUUUUGCAUAGUGAUGUUUGGAUGUUUGGGAAGGAAAACAGUACUUUUACUUUGGAUUUGUUUGCAUUUAUUACACCUACAUCCUGCUUUUUGUUUUUGUGUCCUAUUCAUUCUUUGUGUUUUUUAUUUUCUUUAUUCCUCUGUGUUUUUUAUUUUCAGUAAGUGUGGAGUAUGUGGGCCAGUUGUUGUAACUGGUUCUGCUUGGACUCGUCCAACAUGGAGGAAAGCAGUACAAUUAGAACUAACUCGCGCCACCAGGCGUAUACCAACUCUGGCUACAGUAGCUACCCAUCUCCCCCACCCCCAGACCACACCUGCAUGGGCUGCGGAGGACGCUUUGACACUUUGGCCAGGAAGCAUAUAUGUGUGGACUGCAAGAAGAGUUUUUGUGGCCGCUGCUCUGCUCAGUCAGCGCCCCUUUCACGGCUAUGCCAUACCUGCCAUCGUUUCCAUGGCACCAUGUUCGAACGAGCGGAGCUAAUGAAACUAAAAGUAAAGGACUUGCGGGACUACCUACACUUGCAUGAAGUUCCCACACAAAUGUGCAGGGAGAAGGAGGAACUCGUUGACCUGGUCCUCGGCCAACACACACCUACCUCUGACACCUCCACACCAACUCAGACACAUGAUCACACACAGCCAUCUGAGCAGGAAGCCCCCUCUGUACCAACCCCAGCUACUGUGCAGCCCCAUGCAGGGAACAGUGUUACAACAGAUAUGGCUUCACAGUCACACACAGCAGUGGAUGAACAGAGCCCAUCUGUAGCAGAGGAACCAGUUCAUAUUGAAGUGGACACAGAGCUUCAGGGGGAACAGGAGUCCCAGUCAUCAGACUCUGAGGAGGUCUUGCCCUCUGGUCGACGGGCAUCUUUGUCAGACCUAGGGUCUGUGGAGGACAUUGAGGCUCUGAGUGUGCGCCAAUUAAAGGAAAUCUUGGCAAGGAACUUUGUCAACUACAAAGGCUGCUGUGAAAAAUGGGAACUGAUGGAGCGAGUCACACGCCUAUAUCAUGACCAGAAGGACCUGCAGAACCUAGUUUCUAAUACCGGUGAUGGAACAGACACAACAGGUAGACCUAGUGUGGAAGAAAACUUGUGCAAGAUCUGCAUGGACUCGCCAAUUGACUGUGUGCUGCUGGAAUGUGGACAUAUGGUCACAUGCACAAAAUGCGGCAAGCUCAUGAACGAAUGCCCCAUCUGCAGACAGUACGUGGUUCGGGCUGUGCACGUUUUCCGAUCCUGAACCAGUGCUUGUUAAACUGGGAGCAGAAAUAAAGUCGUGUGUGUGUGUGUGUGUGUGUGUGUGUAUAUAUAUAUA